CGAGCAAAACUCGAGUCUACAUAGUAAUUUUCAACCCGUCAAGCUUCAAGUAUCGAGUAUUUUAAUUUCACCGCGCAGAAUCCAGAUGUUACGGUUCACCAACACUAGUACUGUCCACUUCUUGAGUCUUCAAAGCUUCAUCUAUAGGGUGCUGUGCGACUUCCUCUUUGUACUCCGAUAUCCACGCCUACAGCAAACAACUCUACAUUUAUGGCUCUCAGUUGGACUGCCUGGUUGAUUUCACUCCACGAAUAUUGUGGCAGAUAUGGACCAUCCAUGCCCGUUUCACUUCGGCAGCUGCAUGCUCGGCUUUAUGUGAUAAACUAUCAUGUCUUUGGCCAGAUCCUGUCUUCUUCGACCUUUUAGGACAUAUCUAAUGGCUGUAGUCUCUAUAGGGGUAACUUAUGUCACCUGCUUGCAACGCCAAAUGGCGACAUCAUCAAUAAUUAUUGGUGCUGUGCACACCAUCUGUAUGCUAGGUGGUCUUUGGUGGGAGAGCCUUAGUAAUUAAGCGAACCAGGAGAAUUCAUAAUGUGAUAUAGAUGUAUAAGCCAAGCGGCUUCCUCGGCAUUUGAAGACAUAUAAGUAGGGCACAACUUGCUCUUCACACCAAGGGCACUUCUAUUCUGCUUUACAUCUAGCUCCAACGGACUAAACAUGGCUUCUGACACCGUCAGCACCCUCAAUUACUUCCUCGCUCCAGUUGACGGCUCUCGGCCUUACAAUAGAAUCAACGCAGAUAGCGCCACGGGAAAGCUGGCCCGAAACUUCACCCAUGAGCCGCAUGAUAUGCAAAUCGAGGACGUGCGCGGGAAGGAGGAACUUUACAAGCUCGACAAUGCAGGAUUUCAGUAUGGGCGAGAAGCGGCGAAGCACACUAGCUUCUUGAAUGAUGAUG